CACGGUAACUAUGGUAACCUGUGGAGGCGCACUACUUUGAUAAGCAUCCUUCCCUUACUUCCAUGCUAAAGAGUGAAUUUUUGUUCAGAGUGACACCAGAGAGAGAGAGAGAGAGAGAGAGAGAGAGAGUUUAUGCUUCGGGGUGGUAACCGCUUCAAGUAGUGAUGUUCCAGAGGAGAGCCAUCGCGUCUUCCACGCACCCGGUGUUGCCAGAUUGGGGGAUUCCCUUCUUGCAAAAGCAGGCAUAUAGGCUUGUGUAGCUCUGACACACUUGGAUAGACUUUAGACUCGUUUACAACGAUUGUUUCAUUCUCCGAGGCGCAAUCUGGCAACCCGAGUUUCGGGGGAAAUUGCACGGUGCGCAGUAGAGACAUGGACCCGGGACUGCGGCGGUAAAACAAAAAAAAGUGAAAGGGUGAAGUGAGCUGGGUUGUGCUUCUGCAACUCGGUCAUUGUGGUGUGUGUGUGUGUGUGUGUGUGUGAGAGAGAGAGAGAGAGAGUGCGUGUGCGCGCGCGCGUGCGCGUGUGUGUGUGCGAGUGCGUGAGGCUCGGCUCGGCGGUGCGCCAUGGUGGAGCUGGAGAAGGAGGUGCUGCCGCUGCCGCCGCGUUACCGAUUCAGAGACCUGUUGCUCGGAGACUGGCAGACUGACGACAGAGUCCAGGUCGAGUUUUAUGUGAACGAGAACACCUUUAAGGAACGCCUGAAGCUCUUCUUCAUCAAAAACCAGCGAUCCAGUCUGAGAGUGCGCCUCUUCAACUUCUUCCUGAAGGUGGUGAGCUGCCUGCUUUACAUCGUCCGAGUGCUGCUGGAUGACCCGCGCGAGCAGAGGGACUGUCCUGGCUGUCUCAGACAGAAUGCCUCUGCACAGAACAAAAGCCACUUUGACUGGUCCCUCAUUAUCUGGGUGAACAGACCUCUGCCGCUUUGGGCGCUCCAGGUUCUUGUGGCUUUCAUCAGCUUUUCAGAAACCAUGUUGCUCGUGUACCUGAGCUACAAGGGCAACGUCUGGGAGCAAGUGUUGCGCGUCCCGUUCAUCCUGGAGAUGAUCAGCGCCGUCCCUUUCGUCAUCACUGUGAUUUUACCCUCGCUCCGGAACCUGUUCAUCCCCGUCUUUCUGAACUGCUGGCUGGCCAAACACGCCUUGGAAAACAUGAUCAAUGACCUACACAGAGCCAUCCAGCGCACUCACUCAGCCAUGUUCAACCAGGUGCUCAUACUCAUCAGCACCCUCCUCUGCCUGAUCUUCACCUGUAUCUGUGGGAUUCAGCACCUGGAACGAGCGGGGAAUAAUCUCACGCUCUUCGACUCGCUGUAUUUCUGCGUGGUCACGUUCUCCACCGUGGGAUUCGGAGACGUCACGCCGCAGAUCUGGCCCUCACAGCUCCUCGUGGUCAUCAUGAUCUGCGUCGCUCUCAUCGUGCUGCCCAUUCAGUUUGAGCAGCUGGCUUUCCUCUGGAUGGAGAGACAGAAGUCUGGGGGGAACUACAGCCGCUACAGAGCUCAGACCGAGAAACACGUCGUGCUCUGUGUCAGCUGUCUGAAGAUAGAUCUCCUCAUGGAUUUCCUCAACGAGUUCUUCGCUCACCCCAGACUACAGGACUACUACGUGGUGAUCCUGUGUCCGGCAGAGAUCGACGUCCAGGUACGGCGGGUGCUGCACAUCCCGCUGUGGGCUCAGAGGGUCAUCUACCUGCAGGGCUCUGCACUCAAAGACCAGGAUCUGAUGAGGGCCAAGAUGGAUGAUGCCGAGGCCUGUUUUAUCCUGAGCAACCGGUUUGAAGUGGACCGCCUGGCUGCUGAUCACCAGACUAUCCUCCGAGCCUGGGCGGUGAAGGAUUUCGCCCCGAACUGUCCUCUCUACGUCCAGAUCCUCAAACCAGAGAACAAGUUCCACGUCAAAUUUGCAGAUCACGUGGUGUGUGAAGAAGAGUUUAAAUACGCCAUGCUCGCCCUCAACUGUGUAUGCCCGGGGACGUCCACUCUGAUUACUUUACUGAUACAUUCCUCCAGAGGACAAACAGCGCCUUUAGAAACCUUCAGGCAGCGAGGAGGAGCCUUUCAGCCCCUUAGCAGGGAAGGAGGAGCAAACUCAGCCGACCAAUGGCAGCGCACGUACCGCCGCUGCUCGGCCAACGAGGUGCAUCACAUCCGGCUGGAGGAGAGCAAGUUUUUCGGGGAGUACCAGGGCAAGAGCUUCACCUUCGCCUCAUUCCACGCACACAAGAAAUACGGCGUGUGCCUUAUUGCCGUACGGAGACUGGACACGGCCAACAUCCUGCUGAACCCUGGCCCGUGCCACAUCAUGGGCGCUUCAGACAUCUGCUUCUACAUCAACAUCUCCAAAGAGGAGAACUCGGCCUUCGUCCGGGGCCACAGAGAACCCAGCAGGGGCUCCGGGGACAGCGCCAGAGGCGUACCGCAAACCAUCUACCAUGGACUCACACGUCUGCCUGUCCACAGCAUCAUCGCCAGCAUGGGCACGGUGGCCAUAGACCUGCACGACUCCAGCGAUAGCAGCCCCGAAGGCUCUGGCCCAGGGGGCGUGGCUUUGAGCACGGGCAGGACUGGACGCAGCGGAACGCGCGUGGAAGUGGGUGGUGGCAACACGUUGGCCCCGCCCCCUGUGGGUGGAUCAGGUGAGGACAGGAGGCACAGCAUCGCUCCAGUGCUGGAACUUGUGGAUGGUGUCCACAGCCACACCUUCGACCUGCUGGGGGACCAAUCAGAGGACGAGGGGGGAGAGGAUGGCAAAGAAGAAGAGGAGGAGGAGGAAGAGGACGUGUUGGGGCAAGGAGAGCACAAGGGCCAGUGGUGGGGAGCGCAGGGCGAGUGGGUAAAGGGUUACCCACUGAACUCCCCGUACAUUGGAAGUUCUCCUGCGCUCUGCCACCUCCUGCAGGAGAAGAUGCCCUUUUGCUGCCUUCGCCUCGAUAAGGCGUGCCAUCACAUGCCCUACGAGGACGCUCGCUCGUACGGUUUCAAGAACAAGCUGAUCAUCGUGUCGGCUGAAAGCGCCGGUAACGGCCUCUACAACUUCAUCGUGCCUCUGCGAGCGUAUUACAGACCCAGGAAGGAGCUGAACCCCAUCGUGCUCCUGCUGGAGAGCAUACCUGAAGCAGACUUCCUCGAGGCUAUCUGCUGGUUCCCCAUGGUCUUCUACACCGUGGGAUCCAUCGACAAUCUGGACAGUCUCUUGCGCUGCGGCGUGACAUUCGCAGACACCAUGGUGGUGGUGGAUAAGGAGAGCUCGAUGAUCGCCGAGGAGGACUACAUGGCCGACGCUAAAACCAUCGUGAACGUACAGACGCUCUUCAGGCUUUUCCCAGCUCUCAGCAUUAUCACAGAACUCACGCACCCAGCCAACAUGCGCUUCAUGCAGUUCAGAGUGAAAGACCACUACUCACUCGCCCUCUCCAAACUGGAGAAGAAGGAGCGAGAGCGAGGCUCCAACUUGGUCUUCAUGUUCCGCUUGCCCUUUGCUGCAGGGAAGGUGUUCAGUGUCAGCAUGCUGGACACACUGCUGUAUCAGUCCUUUGUGAAGGACUACAUGAUCUCCAUCACCAGAUUGCUGCUGGGACUGGACUCUAUGCCUGGCUCAGGCUUCCUGUGUGCAAUGAAAAUCACAGAGGAGGACUUGUGGAUCCGCACUUAUGGCCGGCUGUACCAGAAACUCUGUUCCUCCACAGGAGACAUUCCCAUCGGCAUCUACCGCACAGAGGCUCAUAAACUCCCCGUGUCUGAGUCUCAGGUGUCCAUCACGGUGGAGGACUAUGAGGACACGCGGGAGCUCCGAGAGCCUCUGCUCUGUCGCUCUGGCCCUCAUCGCAACUCCACCUCGUCCGAGCCACUGUCCUCCUCGUCCUCGUCCUCCCAUGCCUCGGAUCACCCACUGCUGAGGAGGAAGAGCAUGCAAUGGGCGCGGCGGCUGAGCCGGAAGAGCGGGCGUGGGUCGAGUGGUGCCAAGGGAGCGGGCAGCGCGGCCGAGAGGAUCACGCAGCAGAGACUCAGCCUGUUCCGCCGCUCCGAGAGGCAGGAGCUCAACGCGCUGGUGCGCACACGCAUGAAGCACCUCGGCCUCUCGCCAUCUGGAUUCAACGGAAUGACCGACCAGGGCAACAGACUCUCCUACAUCCUCAUCAACCCGUCACCUGAUACGCGGCUCGAGCUGCACGACGUCGUGUAUCUGAUCAGACCUGAUCCUCUGUCUCUGGUGCCCAACCAGGGGGGUGGGCGGAAACCCUGCGUCGGCAAAUCGGACACGGAUCGCCACCGGUUCAACACGCAGGACAGCACUCACCUCUGAUCACACACCAGCACAACUACACCGCGGCCUGGAAGUGUGUGUGUGUGUGUGAGAGAGAGAGAGAGAGAGAGAGAGAAGAACAAGAGACCGGAGAAGACUGGACUGUGAACUGGAACUGAUUCCAAUCAGUUGUUUCUUGUCUUUCUUUCUUUAUUUUUUUAAUCCAGAAGACUGUCGAAUGCAUGGACCGGUUACAAUUUUAUUUAUGCAUCGAUUUUUUUUUUUUUCUUUUUCUUCGACGCGACGGAAGCCGAGGCCACGUAAGUGCAUUUAAACGCGAGUCCGUAAUUUGUAUUAGUCUACGUGCAUGUGAGUAUAUGUUCAAUAGCGAACACUGCCGAUCCGUUCUGGACUGCCAAAGGAACAACGAUGCCAAACGUCUGUUAAAGGAGGAACAUGAAUCCUCCGUCUUUGUCUCAUGAGCAGCCCGUCAUGCCUCUUAUCUGCUCUGUGGUCCAUCUUGGGGACUCCCCCCACCCCCCCAUGUUACACCCUGUGGCAUGGAUAUCAAGUGUUUUUCAUAAGCAUUCGAAUACAGUUUGACUUUUCCAGCUCCCUGUGGCAUUUCGAUAUGUGCCAACAGCACGGCGGCCAAACAGGAGCUUAUUAAACUGGCAGGGGCCCAAAUAAGUGAACUUUCUUCCACUCUCCAUCUGUUUUUUUUCCCUCUCGAAGGAGACUGUUGAAACUUCUACAUCUUUAAUUAAUUCGGGUUUUUUUGUUUGUUUGUUUUUUUUUUUAAACAUUUUUGGAAAGUUUCUGUGCAGCGGUCAUCACCGCGCUGUGAUGUUAGCCUUGAUAAGGAUUGUGUAUUUGGCUGUUUAUUUCGCUUUUUAACUCCAUUGCUUGACCUAUUGUUUUUGUCCUCUGUCACUCGAGUGUGUUGUUGUUGGCAUGCCCAGAGAGGAGCCUGCAUGCCAGACUCGCCAUAUACCCCGACCGCUUUGUGCUCCUGCUGGCAUCAGGCUACGGCUGCCUUCAUUCAGUGCCAUUCACGCACAAAGGCAUUAUGUACGGAAUAAAAAGUAAUCAAAACACCAAAUCAGAGCCUUUCGUGACUUUCAUUAUGAAGCGAAAAGCUGCUGCUGAGAGACCACGCGAGUCUCUAUAGCGAGAACUGAGUCAGUAUAGUACUCCAUUUUAACCCCAUAUUAUAGUUAAUGCCACACCCACUCACACCAACCACGCCCAUUCGCACAUACAGACUCUGAACACAGACGCUGACCCCAUGCUGUCCAUUUCUGGACUCUGACUGCGCCCCUUCACUCCCACGGUCUCUGACCGCGCCCCUUCACUCCCACGGACUCUGACCGCGGCCCUUCACUCCCAUGGACUCUGACCGCUCCCAUCUCCUCCCACAGACACUGACCGCUCCCAUCUCCUCCCACAGACACUGACCGCUCCCAUCUCCUCCCACGGACCCUGACCGCUCCCAUCUCCUCCCACGGACCCUGACCGCUCCCAUCUCCUCCCACGGACCCUGACCGCUCCCAUCUCCUCCCACGGACCCUGACCGCUCCCAUCUCCUCCUACGGACCCUGACCGCUCCCAUCUCCUCCUACGGACCCUGACCGCUCCCAUCUCCUCCUACGGACCCUGACCGCUCCCAUCUCCUCCCACGGACUCUGACCGCUCCCAUCUCCUCCCACAGACCCUGACCGCUCCCAUUAACAAAUUUCCAGGCCAGAAAAAAUGAACAAACUAGCCAGAUUUCUUCUGCACAUGGCACCAAUAACCAGCCCGAGUUUUUCCCAAAAGGUAUUGUUAAAACGAUAUGGUUAUU